AUGAUGGAAAACUUCAAUGGUACCUCUGAAGACUAUUUUAUUCUGUUGGGUUUUUCUAAUUGGCCUCAAGUAGAAGUAGUUCUUUUUGUGUUGAUCUUGGUAUUCUACCUAAUGACACUGAUAGGCAACAUGUUCAUCAUCAUCUUGUCUUACCUGGAUUCCAAUCUUCAUACUCCCAUGUACUUCUUCCUCUCAAAUCUCUCUUUUCUGGAUCUCUGCUACACUACCAGCUCUCUCCCACAACUGCUGGUGAACCUCUGGGGCUCAGAGAAGACCAUUUCUUAUGCUGGUUGCAUGGUUCAACUUUACUUUGUCCUUGCCUUAGGAGCCACAGAGUGUAUCCUGUUGGUGGUGAUGCCCUAUGACCGUUAUGCAGCUGUGUGUAGACCCUUGCAUUACACUGUCCUCAUGCACCCUGGAUUCUGUCACUUGCUUGCUGUGGCUUCUUGGGUAUGUGGUUUUACCAACUCAGCAGUUCAUUCUCUCUUUAUCCUCUGGGUACCCCUCUGUGGAAAUCGACAAGUGGAUCACUUCUUCUGUGAAGUACCAGCAAUCCUGCAAUUAUCCUGUUUUGACACUCAUGCUAAUGAGUUGACUCUCAUGGUCACCAGCUCUGUUUUU